UCGUCACCGGUGACAUCAUCCGCCGCCCCCCUCACCGCCCGGCCAAUUGGGAGAGCCAAUCCAUCAUUGCAACAUCUUCAUCCCAGCCUCACCCAUUUUCGCUUCGCUCCCCUCCGUGGUUCUUCUUCGCAAAGCGCUUUCCUCUCGUCGCUAUCCUUGCCCAUCCCCCAAUCCCUCAGAACCAGCCAACAUCCUCAAUUCCAACCCUAGAGGACAGAAUAACAGAACAAUGUCUCCCCGCAAGAAAGAGGUCCUUUCCGCGGUCACAACAACGGCUGACUCUAGCGCCGACACCGCCGAAAAAUCUACGCGCAAGCUUCGUCAAAAGACGCGCGUGGAACGCAUCCACCCCGCCGUGCGCUUCUCUCUCGCCGUGUUCAGCAGCCUCGCGUUGAGCUCCACACUCUUCACCCUCACGACCGGCAUCACCCUCGGCGAGCUAGGUAGCGUGAGCAAACACCUCGAGACAUGGUGGGAAGUAGGAGGCCUGAUGGUCUGGAAGGCCGUUGAGGUCGGACUCGCCUGGAUCCUGGGCUUUGAUGGCCGCGACGUCCUCUCCUUCAUCUUUCUCACCCACUUGCCAACCUACAGCCUCCUCUCGACCUUCUACGGCCUGCGCCCAACCACAACCCUAACCAGCUACUUCAUCACUCUCGCCUCCACCACCAUCCCCUUCGUCCUUCUUCGCAGCCCGACCCCCAUCCACUCGCAAACCACCACCAUCCCCAACCGCUCCAUCCUCCAGGACCGCCCCACAACCAUCUACACCACCAUCGGCGCAACCGCCAUCUUCACCGUCACCCUGUACCUCAGCUACGCGACCACCUGGCUGCCCACGAAACUCGUCACCCACUUCCAGGACCUCCCCGACAUCAGCACCGUGCAUGCCGGCCCCGCCGGUCUCCCCGUACUGUUUUUGACACUCCUGCCCGCAGGCCUGGCAGCGCGCGAUUUCCUCUUCGCCAGCUCGACGGGAGCAUCGCCGUCAAAGGACACCAAGAAGAACGCCAGCCCGGAGGGCGAGUAUCUAGCCUGCACAGUGUACCGGAAGACAUGGGGCGCGUUGACAAAGAAGACCCAAGUGCUGAUCUCGCGCACGGGUCUGCUGGCGAGCAUGUUGUUCGUGAACACGGUCAUUCAGGUCGCCGGGACAGUCAACCGCGUGGAUGUCGAGGGCGCCAUGGCUUGGGGAACCGUGUGGAGUGUUGCAGCCUUGGUAACGGGUGCUAUGUUCGGAUGGAUCGAGGCUGUUGACGGUGUAUGAACUGCUUCUCAGUAGCCUUAUUUCUUCUUACCUUCAUUUCUCCUUUCUGCCUCGAAGUUGUAUGAGAGAGAGAGAGGGGGAGUAUGUUGAAAUUCUAUCGCGUGGUAAUUUCUUUGAACGUGGCUGCUGCUAUGACCACUGGGAUUCUUUUGGCGGAAUGUAUUCUAGUUAAUUAGUUAGUCGGCCAUGACGUGGACAUGACAGAAACACGGAGAAUCAAGCAAAAAACACAACGGCGGGCGGGUGUGAAGAAGGGGAAAAAAACAAAACCAGAUUGACCGGGGUUGGGUUGGGCAGGGUUCAGGGUCUAGUCUAGUCUGAUCUAAUUGUUUCAGUGGGGUGAUUCCGAUUCCGUUUCAAGUUGAUUUGGGGUUUCAGCCCAUGUUGAUG